CCCCUCUAUAUAAAAGCUUUCUCUAUAUGCAGUUUCGUGUUCUAAUUCCUAAACCAACCAACCAUUCUCCGAGAGAUCGAGUAAGGAGAGAAAACCAGAGAGGCUCUCACCGAUUCAUUUUCAGUACGGAAGUAUCGUCUCUGCCAUAAUUUGAUACGAUGUCGUACUCGAGAAGGUCAAGGUACUCUCCUUCUCCUUCCCCGAAGCGAUACAGGUCACCAUCUCCUUCCCCAAGGCGAUACAGAUACAGGUCCCUUUCCAGGUCUGUUUCGAGGUCGAGGAGUCCGUCUGUGGAGAAUCCUGGGAACAAUUUGUAUGUGACUGGAUUGUCACCUCGGAUUACAAGGAGAGAGCUUGAGAAGCACUUUGCAUCAGAGGGAAAAGUGAUUGAUGUUCAUCUUGUGGUCGAUCCAUGGACUAGAGAAUCUCGUGGAUUUGGGUUUGUUACCAUGGAAAAUGUUGAUGUGGCCGACCGCUGUAUCAAAUAUUUAGAUCGUUCUGUACUUGAAGGUCGUGUCAUUACGGUGGAGAAGGCUAGAAGGCGGAGAGGGAGAACCCCCACUCCAGGAAGAUAUCUCGGGCUGCGAACAAUUCGUGGGCACCAGCGAACCCCUAGCUACUCGCCUCCUCGCAGGUCUCCUUCCUACUCUCCUUACAGAAGGAGCUACAGUCGGUCGCCGAGUUACUCAUCUGACCGAAGUAGGAGCAGAUCGUACUCUCCACCCUACAGAAGGCGGAGAUCUUACUCUCCUGACUAUCGGCGCCGCAGGUCUUAUUCUCGCUCACGCUCUCCUUACAGCAGUCCACCAGUGAGAUACCGUGAGCGCUCCUAUUCCCCUUAUGGCAGGGAGUACUCACCAGAUGACUCUUUUUCUGGAAGGAGGCGAGGCUAUCGCUCUAUCUCACCAGAUGACUCUUACUAUGGAAGGAGGCGACGCUAUCGCUCUGUCUCUCGCAGUGUUUCACCCAGGUCCUGGAGGAGCUCAAGGAGGACUCGCUCCCCUAUCUCACCUAGGCAUAGGUGGACCUCAAUGAGGAGCUACUCGCGCAGUGUCUCUCCAAGGCCUAGGAGGGUUUCCCGGAGAAGUUACACACCUAGUGUUUCUCCUGAACCAAGGAGGAGGAGCUCAAGGAUGAGUUGCUCUCGGAGUGUGUCUCCUAGAUACAGGAGCUCACGGUCCCAUAAGCGUUCACCUUCGCGAAAAUAUUCCAGGAGCUGCUCUAGGAGUCGAAGCCCGAGUGUGAGUGCAAGUUCUAGAUUUAUGUCAAGAUCUGAUAGUCCUAGAUCUACCUCAUCCUCAACAUGAAGUCUGUUAUUAAGUAUAUCUCUAGCAUUGUAGGGAUUGUGAUUUCAUGGUCCCAGUAUUUGAUCAAGUAUGGAUUGUGUAUCAGACUCUUAGGAUGCUGUUAUUAAAUAAUGUCGCAUUUUGUUAUCAGUGAAAGAAGUAUUAGUCUGUAAAAUACUGAAAAUACUUCUUAUCUAUCCAGGUUUCCUGAGUAUCAUGACUCUAUCAUCACGUUGUGGUUGUACUGUGAUAAAUUUUAUUGCUGUUUCUGUUA